AUGGAAGGGCAUUAUUGGAAACACCCCGACAACUUUUCUUUGGUCAUGGAUUUAGAAGCAAGUCAUUUGGAACAACAACAACAGCCUCACAAUCUUCCGAGCUUCCCCGGACAUUUGAUUAGGGGUGACGUCGUUCCCUCUAUAUUGGACGCUUCAACUAUUGUCCCAACUGCAACUGCAAACGUUACUGCUAACUCUGUAAGUAGUACAAUAGCUACAACUUUACUGUUUGAUAGCACCUCAUCGAGUACUCUUGCUAGCAGUGGUACCCUAACAGUAACCAGUACUAUCUGUCCACCACCAUCUAGCUCCUCAUCCAGCAUUUUCUCCACCGCUCAGCAUGAUAUCUAUCGAUUACCAAAUGUUGGCGCUGUUGACCAAAGUGCUAUUGCUCUGAAUAACAUUGCAGGAAAAUUACCGAAAAGUAUGUUUUAUUACUAA